UGUUCUCUCGCGAGACUAGGCUAUCUAGUACGCAACCAUACGUCAGUCAAAACAUUGUGGUCACUAAUGUCAGGAAAUGCCUCAGUAGAGAUUGAAAAUAUCCGUGUGAUAGCGUGAGGAGUUCGCUGUAAGCUCCGCCACAAGAAGCAAAGCCUCAUAUAGAAAAGGAUUUUCAGACUAAAGGGGGUCUGUGACUUCAGAAUGCCUCUGUUCUAUAAGAAGAAAAGGCCAAGCGAGGAUUCCAAGAAACGUCUAGAGUAUCAGCUGUGUUUGUCUAAAGAGGCUGGAGCAGAUGAUAUACUUGACAUUUCAAACUGUGAACUUUCUGAGGUUCCCUCCAGUGCCUUUUCCAUCUGCAAAGUGCUCCAGAAAAAGGUGUUCAUUCUCCAUGGAAACGAGCUGAGGUCACUGUUGCCCAAAGGUUGCAGCAUCAGCACUCUAGCAACUAUAAAGGUAUUGGACCUGCAUGAAAACAAGCUAACCUUGCUACCAGAUGAUAUUGGGCAGCUGUCAGCCCUGCAGGUAUUGAAUGCAGAACAUAACCAAAUCAAGACACUUCCAGACUCUAUAGGUGAUCUUCGGAAUCUGCAGACUCUAAAUGUGAAAGGGAACUGCCUGAGCGAGCUGCACUCGUCUGUGGGGUGCAUGAGCAGUCUACGCACGUUGGACUUGAGUGAGAACAACAUCAGAGAGUUGCCCAAAGAACUGGCCAAUGUCCGCACGCUGGAGAGUCUGACUCUGGAUGCAUGUGUUAUGAACUACCCACCUGCCUCAGUCUGUACAGCAGGCACAGAAGAGAUCCAGCGCUACCUCUGCUCAGAGUUGGGUGUGGAGUACUGUCCUCCCUCUCAGUAUCUGCUGCCAGUACUGGAAAAUGAUGACGGCAAGCAGAAUGCUGACUGUGUGGAUGGUGAGGAUAUAGCCUGGCAGAGCAAAUUCAUGGAUUAUGAGAAGAGAAAGGAGCAGAAGCAGUUGGAGAAGCUGAACUUUGAGAAGGAACUGGAAGUAAAACAGAGAGAACAAGCGCAACUCCUUGUCCUCAGCAACUCCCGCAAAGAGGGCAUGCUGCUGUCUGUGAAACUGGAGCAGGAGCGUUUGGAGAAGGACAUGUGUCAGCAGCAGAAAGCCCAGGAGGCUGAGAGGCAGAGGGUGCUGGAGAAAGUUCGGCAGGCGGAGACCAACCUAGCCACCCGCAUUGCCAACCUGCAACUGGACAACAAACGCCAAGCAAAGAGUGCUGAGUUUCUGCAGGCUCUGGAAGAAGACCGGAUUCGUAUGGAACACCUUACUGUCAUCACACAGGAAGAAGCAAACUCUCUGAGGAAGAGGGAAAUAGCAGUUGCCAUGCAGACCAUGCUAUCUGAGAGCUACUCGAUGAGGUUACUGCAAGAGGCUAGUGAGAACAGGAGGCAGAGCAUGGUGUCUGAAGCCUGCAGGAGCAUGGAGACUUUGGACAAGAAGUUUGAGAAUGUGCUGGCCCUGCAGCAGCUAGAUAAAAGCAAAGCCAUUAGCCAGAUCCUUCAGGAGGAGGAGAUGCAGAAAGCAGCCUUUGAAGCCUUGCAGCUCCAAAAAGACAGUGUGCAUGGGUACAUCCGCAAUCAGAUUAAGCUAAUUGAGGCAGAAUUAAUGCAGUUGACAAAGCUGGAGGUUAAAAGGAAGAAUCUGGAUUCAGAGAACUUGCAGGAAGUGUUGGCGGAGCAGAGGACGGCUCUGACGGACAUGCUGCAGCAGUUGCUGAAGCAGAGGGACCAGAGAGAGAUGGAGCUCAAGCAGGUCUUGAUGGAGAUGGAGCUCAAGAGUGACUCCACUCAGCAAAACUACUGGAUGAUCCAGUAUCAAAGGCUGCUGGAUGCAAAGCCGCUGUCUCUACGAAUGCAGGAGGCUGGUGUGGAUAAAGAUCUAGGCAGUUUGUUGUGUAAACUGUCUGCCCAACACUACCUGCCAAUCAUAGCUCAUCAUCGAAUCACAGCGGAGGCCCUGCGUCACAUGACCACCAGGGAUCUCAGCAAGCUGGGGAUCAGUGAAGUGGGUGUGCAAAAAUCUCUCCUCCACUGGGCUAUAGAACAGCCAAGUUCUCCUAAGAAGCUCCAGGAGGAACCGGAAGCUGGUCCACUUGUACCCACUGCCCCCCUGCAACAGCAGCUGACCCCACCUCUGACCCCUAACACGCCGUUAACACCCCAAACCCCUCUCAUUCCUAUAGCACCCAGCCCUGUGGAUGGACCUGGGAGCUCUGAGUGUGUAGUGUGCAUGGAGGCUGGGUGUCAAGUGGUCUUCCUGCCCUGUGGACAUGUGUGCUGUUGCCAGGUGUGUAGUGACGCCCUGCAUUCAUGCCCGCUGUGCCGCAGCACCAUCUCUCAGCGCAUCCGCCUUUACCACGGAUAAACCCAGCAACCUUCCAAACUGCAUCUUCAUCUGGUCUGACCAUUCACGCACUUGGGUCAUUCCUACAACUUGUCCCGUUUCACUGUACAUGCAUGAAGUGGUAGGAUGCGAUUCGUCUGUCAUUUAAAAUGCUAUACAGUGCAUUCACUACUGCACUUUCACACCUCAACUGGCCAAUCAAACAGGAGUAUUUCUUGCAGGAAAGCUAGAUGUUACUAGAAAAUAAUCUCAUUUAACCAUUAUAUCUUAUUAUAUAAAACACCAGAAACUGUAAGAUUCUGCUGUGCUGUCCAUGUACGUAGACUGAUAUAAAAAAGAAAGGGAAAUACUCUGGCUGAUUACCUGGCAAUGUUUCCAAUGUUAUGUACUUGCACUAUUUUAAGUAUUUGUGCCUUUUUUUGUGUCUUAUGUCUGUUCUGACCAAAACAUGACUGUUACAACACAACACUCAUCUGCUUUAUACCAUGAAAAAGGAAAGAAAGCUUAAAAACAUCACUUUCUAACCAUGUCAUACUUUGGUGUUCUGACUUAAAGUCAGCGGUUUUUCUUUCUGUCUGUGCCUUAAAAUGAUUUCCAUUGCAUAUUACUAAUGACCUGAUGAAAGGAAUAUUCUUGCUUUUUUAAUCUAAGUAAUCUCUGUCUGCCAUGUGUACAACAAACAGUUGAUUACCAUGGACAGUAAUUUGUUAAUUUCCUAGAAAACUCAAUGACUCAAAAACAGUAUAAAAAAGUGGUCACUGUACAUGUUUUCAGGCAUCUGUUGCAUGUGUGCCCUUGUGAAAUUCACUCAGAAUAUUGUCUGUGGUAAUCUAAAGUAUGCAGCAGAUAAACAUCAGUUUGAAAAACAGUAAACAUCAUUCAUAGAUUGUAUUCCAACCUAAAAGCCCAUAAACCAGUGGUUUUCAAUUCUAGUUCUGGAGGGCUAGUGUCUAACUGGUGUGUUGGUGAUUUCCCUGGUUAAGCCCAUCUCUAAAUUGUCAGGUUUAGUAAAUGUGUCACAGCAGACAAAUAACCAAAGUGUGCUCGUCACUGGCCUAUCAGGGCCAGAACUGUAUAUCCCUGCUAUAGGCCACUGAAGUGUUGCAUUUCACUUAAUAGGAAUACAGCAUUCGUACCAGUAGUUGUGUUUGUCGUUAAGGUGUUUCACGUUUAUGUUAAAUAUGUAUGUUCUUUUCACUUAUUGCAUCAUCCUCCAGCCAUAUAUACCCUCCAAGCUGCACAUAAACAAUCACUAAAAAUUGUAUAGACAGUCCUCAUGUUUCACAUAUUACCAGAUACCACCAACUAAGAGCUCAAUGAAGUUAUUGCCAAAAAGUAAACUCAAAGACAAAACAGUUUAUUUAUGUAUAAAUGAUGUACAAAUGUGAAUCACGUCAUUUCAACAUGACUUUUCAGUGGAUGGCCAGUGGAUGUUCCGUCAGUUUUGGUUGUUGCAAUGAAAACCACUUCUGAGGUCAUCAUAGUUUGCAUCAUUUUUGGUCCCUCGAAGACCUUUUACCUUUCAUGUUUUAUACAAUGAUUGUUUCUUUACAUUUAGGCCAGACAAUUUGAUUCAAAACAAAACCUGAAACCUUUUUGCCACUGCAAUACAGUUGGUUCAAAUUGGUUGCUGCCACUAACUAAAGAAGUCCCUACCUACUUCGCUCCACUUAAGUGCUCUUAUACCCAAGCAUGCUUUGAACUAUGUGACUCAUAUAGAAAGCAAAUAUAAUGUAAUUUAGAACUAAAUGUAUAUGAAGGAUUUGAAUGAUUUAGCUAAUAUAAAUAACUAUCUAUUUGCAUGUUCAAAAACAUUUAGAAUAUAAUUGUCUUUCAGUCAUUUCAGUCUGUAUUUUUGUGCUCUGUUUAAUGAUGCAGUCCAGCUAUGAAACAAACCCAGUUUGUUCUGGCACUUACAUACAUAUUGUAACUGUAAAUGUUAAGUAUACAACAUGAUAUUAAAACAAGAAAAGGUUCCCUGGAUCAGUUUCACUAUGCUGUACAAUCUUUCAUGCAUAUUAACCUACCUAUGUACAAAAUGUACUGAAACCAAGUAGUCUACAGUUUAACUUAUACAGCAUGUUCUGGCUAAAAAUAUGACUUCAGUCAUUGAUACUUGUUUAAUAUUAAAGUAUUGCCUCUAUUCUACCCAUGUCCAGUGCUUAAUGCAACAUCUAUUGUUAGACUCUCUUUAACGGACAUUAUGCUGUGUAUGUUUGCCUUACAUGUGAAGUCCAGUCAUUUUGUCUUGUGUUUCCAAUCAUCAUACACUGCAUCUCUGUAUGGAUUGUGGAUAGAUUGUGACUUUUUGUAUCUCCUGUGGUAGAAGUCUACCAUAGGUUUUUAUGUAAUUUUAUUUUGUGUGUGAAGUUUGUCAAAUUGUAAAAUUAGUACAUUAUUAGUGUGAUAUUAGGAAUCUUCAAAAUAAACUUGCUUGACAGCACCCAA